UUUUUUUUUUUUUCCCUUUGGUUUUAUUUAUUUUUCCCGCAAUAUCUGUGGUAGCUGAGGAAAUGGGAUGAAAGGAAAAUGGAAGGGUCGAGAUUGAGCUAAGUUUAUUUAUUUAUUUGUUCACUUUUUUCCCCUUUAUGCUUUGUUUGGCCGAUAGGGUUCUUGACCGGAAGCUGUAUUACAAGUCUCUUGAUUUUGUUCAUCUGAUGCGGAUGCUAUUUCUGAUUUGUGGUGGAUUAUCAAAUAAGUUUUAGCAAUUUAAUAUUUUUUAAUCGGCUUUGAUAGACGAGGAAUGGAGUCCCCCUACCCCCAAAAGUAAGGGGGGGGGGGCAAUGAGUGUACCUCAUAUUUUUUGGUUUAACCUUUCUAUUGGUUUUGAUUUGUGUGGUUAUUUCUUACGUCAUUUUCAUAUUCUGAAUGUGUUUAUUUCAAUCAUUAAACAAUUUGUAUUGGUUGGCUCUGCAAUUUUGGUAUGCAACAUUGUUGCUCAGGUGUAGCGUGUACUUGUAUUAUAAUGAGUGAUAUUUAUAUGGGCUUUAUUGUGCUUGUAGUUUUCAAAAAAUGAUGCAAUAUCUCUCUUUGAUUGUUAGUUUACUUGAUGUGGAAAACUAUAGAUUAGUGGUUGCGUUUUCUGAAGAGUAUUGUUGUUGCAGUUGUUGACAGGUCAAUUCACAAUUAUUGGCUCUUUCCUGAGAAUGGUUAAAUGUAUCUUUAUUAUCUUUCUUUCAUUAUUAAAAAAAAUAAAGCUGAAGGUAUGAGUUGUGAGAUAGAGUGAUGCUAUCUACAGAAUGGAGAAAAGUGUUACAUAACUCAUUCAUGUAAGGUGCUGUGUCAUUUUGUGAUGUUGACUGUGAUGAGGAUAUUUAAGUGUGAAUAGGGAAAUACUUUUAAUCUUAUAAAUCAGCCAUGCCCAUGUUUUCUAAGUGCCAAAAUAGGAUCAUAUUUAAUUUUAUAAAUCAUCCAUGGCUCUUAAAAGCUUACUGAAGGAAGCAUAGUGCAACUCUAGUUACAUACUUGUCAUGAUGGGUUUCUGGAAUCAGCGCAUAGGCCAGCUUUUACUCCAUCAUUAUUGGUCUUUCACUGAGGGAAGAUUCAAAGGUGGACAUGGUUUGACAAAGAGGGUGAAGGUUGAUCAAGAAGCAGAGCAGAAAAUUGAUGGGGAAUUAUGUUUAGAUGAGAGAGGUGCCUCAGGUCUGGAGCAGCAUAUGGCUUCUACAUCGCUGGAAAAUGCUGCAAGCACAUCCAAUCCAUCUUCGAUGACCAGAACGGAAAAGUCAGGUUAUGAUCAGCUUCCCAAAGAAAUGAAUGAAGUUGGGAUCAGAGAUGACAAAGCGACCAAUCAUGAUGAUAAACCAACCAAGCAUGUCGAGAAGGAUAUGGAGCCUUCCAUUGUGACUGGUAAUGGAACAGAAACUGGUCAUAUAAUUGCAACAACAGUGGGUGGUCAGAAUGGACAGCCAAAACGGACAAUCUCAUUUAUGGCAGAGCGUGUUGUUGGCACAGGUUCAUUUGGUGUUGUCUAUCAGGCUAAGUGCUUGGAAACUGGUGAAGCUGUUGCAAUAAAGAAGGUUCUGCAGGAUAGGAGAUACAAGAAUAGAGAACUUCAAGUCAUGCGCUUGCUUGACCAUCCUAAUGUUGUUGAACUGAAGCAUUGUUUCUUUUCAACGACUGAGAAAGAUGAACUUUAUCUUAACCUUGUCCUGGAAUAUAUACCUGAGACUGUCCACCGAGUGUCUAGGCACUAUAGCAAGACAAACCACCAACACAUGCCUAUUUUGUAUGUGCAACUAUAUACUUACCAGAUUUGCCGUGGCCUAAGUUACUUGCAUCAUGUAGUUGGUGUUUGUCACCGUGACAUUAAGCCACAAAAUUUACUGGUCAAUCCCCAUACUCACCACCUAAAGAUAUGUGAUUUUGGAAGUGCAAAGAUGUUGGUGCCAGGUGAACCCAACAUAUCUUAUAUUUGCUCCCGAUAUUAUAGGGCACCAGAGCUUAUAUUUGGGGCUACAGCAUACACAACUGCAAUUGAUAUGUGGUCUGCUGGUUGUGUCUUGGCUGAACUUCUCCUGGGUCAGCCAUUGUUUCCUGGGGAAAGUGGUGUUGAUCAGCUGGUGGAAAUUAUCAAGGUUCUUGGAACACCAACCAGAGAAGAAAUUAAGUGCAUGAAUCCAAAUUACACUGAAUUUAAGUUCCCUCAGAUUAAAGCUCACCCAUGGCACAAGGUAUUUCACAAGCGAAUGCCCCAUGAAGCAGUGGAUCUUGUGUCGAGGCUACUGCAGUAUUCACCUAAUCUACGUUGCAGUGCUCUGGAGGCAUGUGCUCACCCUUUCUUUGAUGAUUUGAGAAACCCCAAUGCAUGUUUGCCCAAUGGACGAGCACUACCUCCUUUGUUCGAUUUUACAGCUCAAGAGUUGGCUGGUGCAUCUGCUGAACUGCGAGAACGUCUAAUUCCGGAGCAUGCAAGAAAAGAAGAUUGCUGAACCUGGAGAGAUCAGAUCUGUAGGCAAUUCAACUCAAUUUUUGGAUACUCAAAACCCUAAGGCAGCCCAUCCUUCCUGCUGCAUUAUUUGAGGCUCAACCAUAUUACAAUACUGUUAUGGUUGGUUAAGGUAGACAUUAGGAGAGUUUUGGCAAAUUAAUGGCCAGUGGGUAUCCUGUCUGGGAGACUGAUGGAGAUGCACAUUCGGAUUCAGUCAACAAGGGAGGGUACCCGGGGAAUGGGGUUCCGAGUUUCAAGAUUUAAUUUUUAUGUCCAAUGUAGGAGUGAAUGUAAAAUGGGUUGUUAUCAGGUUUGUCAUAUAUAGUGUACGGGCAUUCAUUAAGAAUAUCAAUUUAAUGGAUCAUUUAGAUGAAUUAGGAUGUCGCUGUACAUCUUACCCGGUUCCUUCAUUUGAUAUAACAAAUUCAGAUUAUGGGGUUU